AUGGGUACGGAUGGCCACACCCACACUUGCACCUCCAAAGGCACCAACUGCACCUUCAGUGAUCUGCACUGCGGAGAGAACUACAUCGUUACUGUGGCUACGGUGGAACGUGGCUGCCAGAGUCAACCCAGCACACCUGUCAAUCUAAGAUCAGGUAUCUGCCCGCCUUCCAAUCUGGCCGGCCAUACCAACUGCGCUACUAAUGACAUCAGCAUCACAUGGGACCCCAGCACAGAGUCUGGAGUCACUUACUUCCUGUUCAUCCAUCAGGUGGAUGGGCUGAACUCCACCUCCAGCACAGCGCAAACAUCCCACACUCUAACAGGGUUGCACUGUGGAAUGAGCUUCAUUGCACAAGUGGCUGCUCAGGACAGCACCUGCACCAGUCCAUUCGGAAGCCCAACACAGAUCUACACAGCUCCCUGUCCACCCAGUAGCCUGGCAGCAGCUGCUAGCUGUGGCACAAACAGGGGAACCGUCAGCUGGCAGACUGGAGCAGGGGCACACUCCUAUACUGCCAAUGUAGUGGGCAACCAAGGACACACUGUUUCCUGUUCAUCCAACACCACUUCCUGUUCAGUGAGGCUUGAGUGUGGACAUAGAUAUACGGCCACUGUGGUUUCCGCGGUUGGCCUCUGCAACAGCACCGCUAACGACAGCAUCCAGUUUGACUCAGCACAGUGCCUGCCAAGUAAUGUGAUGGCGCAGUUAGAUUGUAAUGCCAACACUGUAGCCGUACACUGGGAUCCCAGUUCAGACAACCCUGACUCCUAUACGGCCCUGGCCAUCGGUACAGAUGGCACUCGGAUUUCCUGUAACACAAACUCUACUUCCUGUACCAUUGAGAACUUGAGAUGUGGCCAUACCUAUAGCAUUGCUGUGACAACAUCCCAAACUAACUGUGGAAUCAUUGAGGGUUCAGACUACCAUAUCGAGACAGCCCCCUGCCAACCACAGAGCCCAUCUGUUCAACUGCAGUGCAGCACUAAUAUUGCUACGAUCACAUGGGACAAUAACAAAGCGGAUCAGUUUGACAUGGUGACUGCGCUCAACUUUACCGGUGAUGCGAUAGUGUGCAACAGCAGAAACAGAUCUUGUGCAUUCACACAGUUACGCUGUGGUGAGUCGUACACACUCAGUGUGGUUGGAUUCCAUGGAAAUUGCACCAGUGAUCCCAGCGAGAACUUCGGUUUUGACACAGCUCCCUGUGUGCCCACUUACGUUGUGGCGACAACAGACUGCGAGACAGCCAUCACCACUGUAAGCUGGGAUUCUGCCCGUGGUGCCAGCAGUUACACUGUUCAUGCCAUGAACACCAAAGGAAACAACAGCACAUGUACCAGCGCAGAUACCACAUGCUCUUUCUCAGACCUGGAGUGUGGACAAAACUACACCCUAACAGUCACAGCUGAGGACAGCAACUGUGUGAGCCUGACCAGCGCACCCAUCACGGUCACAACAGUUCCAUGUCCACACUCCAAUCUUCAAGCAACUCUGGACUGCAGUGCUGACUCUGCUCUGAUCUCCUGGACGCCCGGUAGUGGCACUCUGAUAUCAUGCAGUCGGCUGCCGUACAUCUGGCUCUCCUGUAAUAUUACCAACCUGCACUGCGGCAGCCGUUAUCAAGUUAGUGUGAGCGGAGAAGGGCUCACCUGCCCCAGCGAAUCAUAUAACUGGAUUGCCCUCAAGUCAGCACCAUGUCCACCCACUAAGGUAUCCAUCCAGUCAUCCUGUGACUCAAACACUGUAUCUGUUUCCUGGGAAGCCUCUCAAGGAUCUGUGUCCUACAUGGCUGUUGCAGAGGGCAGUGCAGGUCAUAGGGUGACUUGCGACACUGACCAGCAUACCUGCAAUAUUAUCGGCCUGCAGUGUGGACAGACUUAUCAAAUUUAUGUUUCUGGUGUGGAUGGCGGCUGUAUUGGACCCAGAAGUGAAGUUCGCAUUCUUGAAACUGCUCCUUGUGUGCCUCAGAACGUGCAGACUAUCCUGGAGUGUCAAUCUACUGUUCUCAACGUUACCUGGCAACAGAGAGGUCAAGCCCAUCACUACCACACCACAGUGAGAAGCAGUGAUGGUCGAGUGGUGGGAUGUGACUCUAACGUAACCUUCUGCCAAGUACCUCACAUUCUUUGCGGCCUGACUUACAGCGUGACAGUGGUUGCCUAUAGUCAAACCUGCAACAGUUCCCAAAGCUCUGUGCAACAUGUCACAUCAGCCCCCUGCCCACCAGAUGCUAUCUUUGCAGUCUUGGACUGUGAAUUAAACACUGUGUCUGUGUCCUGGGACUCUAGUGUAGAUGGUGUCCUCUACAUUGCAAAGGCCUUUGAUUUCAAUAACGACCAAAAUUACUACACGUGUAACACCACAGAAACCAGCUGUGACAUCACUUUGACCUGUGGCAUAGAUUAUAAUGUGACUGUAGUGCCAAUAAGGGAUGGCUGCACUGGGGCAAAUGCACCAGUCCAGUAUGUUAUGGCAGCUCCUUGCGUUCCCUUCAUGUUGGAUGUCGAGAUGGACUGCCUCUCGGAUUCGGCUUGGCUGACAUGGGAAGAGUCAGCAGGGACGGAGCUCUACAUCGCCACUGCCACUGACAGUGAUGGAAAGGUGUUCCAGUGUAACUCAACUGAGGGCCAGUGUACAGUUGAAGAGCUACAAUGUGGAAGAUUCUACAACUUCAGUGUCACUGCUUCUAACAGUCAAUGCAACAGCCCUAUGAGCAACACUCUGGAAUCUGAAACAGCCCCCUGUCCACCUCAGAAUGUGGUCACAUCAGUGGGGUGUGACACUGGUACGGUGAGUGUGUCAUGGGAUGAGAGCGUUGGCGCAUUGAGCUACACUGCCACUUUGGAACGUACAGAUGGUGAGACCACCUGCUGCACGGCAAACUCCACUUCCUGUGAGGUCAUUUACCUUCCCUGCGGCCAGAUGUACGUCCUGACAGUCACUGCUGAGGGACGAACAUGCAACAGCUCUCAGAGCAUUGAGGUCAUCGUACGGUCAGUUCCCUGUAUUCCGAAGAGUCUGGUAUCCAGUACGAGCUGCAGUGAUAACGUUGCCACCAUGUCAUGGGUGAGCAAUGAAGUUGGUGAGCUCUACACAGUCAGGGCCAUCAGCGAUGACGGGCUUCACUUCGACAGCUGCUCAGGGUUUAGUCAGUCAUGUGAUCUUACAAUGCUGAUGUGUGGUGUGCCAUACACUGCCACAGUAAUAGCGCAAGACAGCAUCUGCACCAGUCCACCCAGUCAAGCUGCUCCAAUUAGGACAGUGCCCUGUGUGCCGGUUAAUGUGAGCACUGAUGUGAUCUGCCAAGGGAACGGCCUGUCUGUGUUCUGGCAGAAGAGCGCAGGAGCAGACUUUUACACGGCUAUGUUUGAGGACAGUUACGGCCAUCUCACCAACUGUCAGAGCAUGGACAACACCACCUGUGCGAUUAACAGCCUCGCCUGCGGACAGACCUACCAUGUCAGUGUGAUAGCAUCAGACGGAUACUGUGACAGCUCGCCCAGUGGCGUCAUUGACGUAGAUACAGGUCCUUGUAUGCCUCGUGGCAUUCAGGCACUAAUGGACUGUCAAUCUGGUACGGCUGCUUUGUCAUGGCAGCCAGGCACUGGGGCAAUGCAGUACGUGACCACAGCAGUAGAUGAGUCUGGUCAUGCACUCAGGUGUGAAAGCAACAAUACCAACUGUGAGCUGACAGGACUGGCAUGUGGAGAGAGCUACAACAUCACGGUAUUAGCAGAAGGACAAACCUGCAGCAGUGCUGCAACCAUGAGUGGACCCCUGAUGACAGGUCCCUGUGUACCUCAGCAUGUUGAAGUGCAGUACAGCCCGUCUAUUGGCCAGCUGACCUGGGACAGGAGCAGAGGUGCUACCAGAUACACUGCGCAGGCUGUCGCUGAUCUGGGAUCAGUGUUGUCCUGUUCCACCAGUGACGACACCUGUGUCCUUUACAAUGUGUCCUGCAGUCAGACAUAUGACAUCACUGUGACAGCACAUAACAACAUCUGCCAAGGAGCUGCUGUGUCUGCAUCAACUACUCUAAACACAGAACCCUGCCCACCCCAGAAUGUGCAAAUCCAUCUGAACUGCUCAAGUGAUGUAGGGACUGUGUCUUGGGAAGAGAGUUUGGGGGCGGUGGCAUACGUGGCUUUCCUGGAGGGUCGUAAUGGUCAAAGCCUGUAUUGCUUCACCACAAGCUCCAGCUGCAGUGUGACGGGGUUGGUCUGUGGCACUGUUUAUAGCACUCAAGUGCGCGCCAUUGGAGGAACUUACAACAGCACGGACAGCGAGACCGUUCUUCUCACAUCAGCCCCCUGUCUACCAGUUUCCAGUUCAGUCACUGUCAAUGUGGUCUGUGAAGAUGAAAUGGCAUUGUUCAGCUGGGCCUGGAGUGGCGGAGCCGAGUACUAUGAGCUCACUGCUAUCAGUAACAACGGCUACAUUGCCACCUGCAACUCUCAAGAGAAUUACUGUAAUAUCAGUGAGCUUGCCUGCGGACAGACUUACACGGUCAGGCUUACAGCAAUCAAUGAUGGAUGUCAAGUUACAGAGGAGACGGGAGUGACCUUCCAAACACGCCCCUGUGCUCCUUUGCAUGUGAACGCAGACUUUCAGUGCCAGUCUACAACAGCUGUACUGACCUGGGAGCAAAGCGACGAUGUGCUAUACUACAUUGUUAGUGCCACCCUCAGCACAGGAGAAGUGACUACAGUUUGUAAUUCUACAACUGACAGCUGUGAAACGAGUGGGUUGAAGUGUGGAGUGGAGUACGCAUUCACCGUCACGGCCUACAGUACAUAUUGCCACAGUGACGUCAGCAGCACUGUAUACAUUCAAACAGAACCUUGUCAGCCAACCCAAAUGACAGUUUCAGGAUCAUGUGAUAACAACACAGUUCUCUUGAACUGGAAUCACAGCAGAGGUGCACUGAGUUACACGGUGCAUAUCUCAAGCAACCUAGGAUAUUCCAACUCAUUCCAGACAUCUGACUCUAUGCUAACAGCGGAGCUUCUCUGUGGACAGACUUACACCUUCACUACAGUGGGGGAAAAUGAUGUCUGUGACAGCAUACCAAGCACUCCUGCCCAUUUUACGACUGCCCCAUGUGUGCCACACCACAUUGAGACCUUUGCAGAGUGUGAGGUUAACUUGGGCGCUGUCAGCUGGGCUGGCAGUGAUGGUGCAGAGAUUUACACCGCCAUUGCCCAAGGACAGGAUGGCCACUCACACAUUUGCAUAACAAACAGAACUUUCUGUAUCUGGGAGGAUCUGCAUUGUGGGGAAAUCUAUGUGGUCCAGGUCGUUGCCAAUGCACAAAUCUGCAGCAGUAAUCCAAGUGAAAGAACAAUCAUCAACAUGGCUCCAUGCAUCCCUCAGAAACUGGUGUCCUCUUUCAACUGUGACAUGAGAGUGGGUUCCCUCACCUGGGAAGCAAGUGAAACUGCUCAGAUGUACCUGGUGUCUGCAGAAUCUAGUAGUGGUCACCGGAUGGAACUCUCCACCAAUAACACAAGUGCACAGUUCUCAGAGUUCAACUGUGGUCAGUCAUACUAUCUGACUGUGCAAGUUGUGGGACAAGUAUGUAGGAGCCACCCCAGCAAUGCUUCAGUACUACAGACAGAGCCCUGCACUCCCACAUCCAUCACUGGAUUUAUGGACUGUAUAUCCAACAUUGCUACAGUAACCUGGGAGGCAGCUGAUGGUGCAGAAUACUACAUAGCAACGGUGCAAGGCCCAGAUGGGCCUCUGGGAACAUGCAUGUCCUGGUCAUCGAGCUGUGGCAUGCCUAAACUGUCCUGUGGCGAAACAUACAACGUUAGCAUUAUUGCCUCCAGUCGCCAAUGUAACUCAACACCCAGUGCGCUGAGUGCUAUUAACACAGUGCCCUGUGUUCCUACAGAUGUGUCUGUGGUGCUGGACUGUGCCUCUGCUGAGGCAUAUGUGUCUUGGAACGCAAGCAUGGGGGCGCUGUACUACACUGCUUACGCCUGGAGCAGUACAUUCAAUUUCAUAUCCUGUGAUAGUGCUGGGCCUGCUACACAUUGCAGACUUAGUGAUCUCAUCUGUGGAGAUGAUUACACUAUUCAGGUGAUUGCUGUUGGAGAUGAAUGCUCAAGUUUGCCCAGUCAGUCAGAACACUUCCGCACAGUUCCCUGUGCCCCAGAAGUUACUGCUACACACCUGGAAUGCUACACUGACUCCAUACUGCUGCAGUGGACUCCCACUGAUGGCUCUAUUUCCUACACUGCUGAUGCCCGGACACCCGGGGGUCUUAUUUCCAACUGCUCCAGCAACUCCACUAACUGUGAACUGAGGGGACUAGCUUGUGGACAAACAUACAAUGUUACCAUGGUAUCACAUGAUGGACAUUGCCACAGCCAACCUGGCACAGCCCUGGAAGUUGCAUCUGUACCCUGUCCACCUCAGCAAGUGGAGUCAAAUUUGCUCUGCUCUUCAAACUCGGCUCAUGUGCAGUGGAAUCCCGGUACGGGGGCAGAAUCAUAUGAGGUUCAUGCAAUUAGCACAGGUGGCCAGAUGACAGGAUGUGACACCACAAAUAAUUCCUGUGUUGUGCCCAACCUUGUAUGCGGUUCCAUUUACAACAUCAGUGUGCUUGCCAUUGGCCACCAAUGUAAUGUGUCAAGGAGUUCGAUCACAACACUGCAUUCAGUGCCAUGUGUUCCCAACCAGAUCCAGGCAAACCUGAGCUGUGAUUCUGGUGUGGUUGAUGUGUCCUGGCAGCCUAGCCAAGGAGCUUUCUCGUACACUGCUGUCGCUCAGGGCAGCGGGGGCUUUGCGUCAUCAUGCAACAGCACCAGAACCACAUGUGAGUUCACUGAUCUACUGUGUGGACUCACAUACAGCAUCAGCGUGACUGCCUCCGACCACACGUGUACCAGUGCACAGAGUCUAAGCAUAGAGCUGGACACAGUUCCAUGCAAGCCUACAGGGAAUCAUCACUCAAAUGGAGUGUGGCAGCCACAAAGGUGUAGUGUCUUGGGAACAAGGAGAGAACGUUGCCUCCUACCUGGUCUAUGCAUCCAGUCCAGAUGGGCACCAAACACACUGUAGCAGUCCACCUCCAGCUGCAAAUUAGACAGCCUGCAUUGUGGUCAAGCCUACAACCUCACAAUCACUGCCCAGGACAGCCACUGCAACAGCCAAAAUGCCUUUUCAACAUUACAGUCAGUUCCAUGUACACCUACCAACGUGCAAGCAUCUCUCGUUUGCCUGUCUAACUCUGCGGCUGUGACAUGGCAGAGUGCCAGUGGGGCGCUGUCCUACCAGGCUGAGGGCAUCACUGUGGAUGGCACCCAUAUGACCAACUGCAGUAGCAGCAUGACUCACUGUAACCUGGAGCAUCUGCUCUGCGGACGGACAUACAAUGUGUCUGUGCUGUCCAUGGACCAUUCAUGCAGCAGCGAAGAGAGUUUGUUCACACAAGUGCAUACUGCGCCCUGUCCUCCUAAGGCCGUAGAUGUGCAGAUGAACUGCUCUGCUGGCUUCAUGACUGUCACAUGGGAAGCCAAUCCAGAUGCAGAAUCUUUCCAUGUGAGAGCAGCGACCAGUGGAGGAGCUUUGCUGUCAUGUGAUUCCACAAGCACCAGCUGUUCAAUCACUGGCUUGCCAUGCGGACAGUCAUAUUCUAUCACUGUGACGUCUGUCAGGGGUGGCUGUGAGAGCCAGCCCAGCACGGCUGUCAAUGUUGGCCUCAGCUCCUUGUGUUCCACAAGGAGAGGCAGGAAACCUGGACUGCGUUACCAACUCAGCCUGGGUGACAUGGUUACAAGCGAUGGGGGCAGAGUCGUACUCUGUGCUGGCAGUGGAAAGAGGAGGAGCUAACUCCAGCUGCUCAGCUACAGAUCUGCACUGCAAUGUUCCCGACCUGCUGUGUGGAGCGACAUACACCUUCCACAUCACUGCUGUGAACUCAUUCUGCCACAGCGGACCCAGCAAGUCCUUCCAGAUUC